UGCAAACACGGCAGCUUCAAUCUUUGAUGCUGCCAUGAACCUCAAACCUCAAACUCUCACUCAAAGGUCAUCUUACUAGGCACUCUCUUGUAUAGUAGCAGGUCUAUCAAUGAUGUCCUUUUAAGAGAAAAUUUGCAUCUAAGUCGCUCUUUAAAUCAUUGGUAUCCAAUUUUAUGUUGAAAGCUAUAUCCAGUGUGUUUUUGAACACCUACAGUAUCUGGACACAACACAUCACAAGCCUCAACUCACUCACAUCAACCUAUGUAUACCUAGGUGGUAUAUGGUAUAUACCGAUUCCAAAAAAUCAAAUAAAAAAUGGCGGCUCUUGACCUACUCUUAUCGUUGGCAAUCCCAGCGUUAAUUAUAGUGCACCUCUUAGUGGCGCCUUACACAAAGGUUGAGGAGUCCUUCAACAUUCAAGCGACCCACGAUAUCCUGGUAUAUGGAACGCCCACCAGUGAUAUCUAUCGCAAACUUUCGACACAGUAUGAUCACUUCGACUUUCCUGGAGCGGUUCCUAGGACCUUCGUUGGCUCGGUGCUGCUAGCCGGCAUUGGCCAGCCUAUUAUUACCCUUGUGGGCUUCCAGCACGCACAACUUGUUGUGAGAGGCAUUCUUGGGCUAUUUAAUGCUGCCGCUCUUUUGGUCUUUAAGAAGAAUGUGGGAAGAGCCUUUGGAAGGUCGACAGCGAGGUGGUAUGCCUUGUUGCAACUCUGCCAAUUCCAUGUGCUCUUCUAUGCUUCUAGAACAUUGCCCAAUAUGUUUGCUUUCGGGUUUACAACGUUGGCAUUCUCACAACUAAUGACGAAUCCCGAUGAAAAACCGCCAGUAUAUCGCUACAAGUUGGCCAUUGCAUAUUUAACAAUGGCUACCGCUAUAUUCAGAUCAGAGCUGGCCAUUCUUCUUGUGACUGUUACCCUGUAUGGCCUAGCUCGUUCCCAUAUCUCCCUAGGCCGAAUCAUCCCUACUUUCAUCGUCUUCUUCAUAACCUCCCUACUGCUGACUAUACCGAUCGAUUCCUAUUUCUGGCAGAAGCCUCUGUGGCCCGAACUAUGGGGCUUCUACUAUAAUGCUAUCCUUGGCUCCUCUUCCGACUGGGGAGUUUCCCCUUGGCAUUACUAUUUCACAUCUGCCAUACCCAAGAUCCUUACGAAUCCGCUGAGCACAAGCGUUCUCAUCCCCUACGCACUAUGGAACACUGGAACAAAGAGCCAAGCUCAACAGCUGGUAGUACCCUCCCUGCUUUUUGUAGCCAUAUACUCUUUACAGCCACACAAGGAGGCGCGUUUCAUCUUCUAUAUUGCGCCACCGUUGACAGCAGCAGCAGCUUUGGGGGCAAACUACAUCUUUACACGUCGUACUAAAUCCGUGCUUUUCUUAAGUGCUUCGGUCGUGAUUCUUGGCUCGGUACUUGUGUCGUUCGCCAUUAGUACUGCUAUGCUCGUCAUAUCCUCACUCAAUUACCCAGGUGGCGAGGCUCUUUUGGAGCUCCGCAACCUUGUUAGCUCCCCUUCCUCACUUGACCUUCAGACUGUCACGAUUCAUACGGAUGUAUUGUCGUGUAUGACGGGCGUGACACUCUUUGGACAACACCCUUCCCUUCCGAACGACUCGCGAUCUGCCAGCGAAAUAACCUUCAAUUAUGACAAAACGGAAGAUGAGAGUAUAUUAAGGAGUCCAGCAUUUUGGGAGAAAUUCGAUUAUGUGCUCGCCGAAGAUCCAAGCAAAGUUCUAGGCCCGUGGGAAACAGUCGGAGUGGUGGAAGGCUUUGCCGGAAUUGAAAUAGUCAGACCGAGUACAUCCUUAAAAUAUGAUAUUGAAAGUGGCCAAGACAGGAUAUUCGGAAGAGGCGCACUGGUAAGAAGAGUAAAAGAUUCUACUAGGGCGUUGAUUGGUGGAUGGUGGGUUGGCCCUAAGAUGGAGCCGAAGAUACAUAUCCUGAGAAAAAUGCGAGAGGGCGAGGCUAGACGAGCUGUGACAGAAUAAUGCUUCCGUUUUCUAGAUAGGCUGAAAGACGUCGAUAACCGACCGAGUUAUUCUAUUUUCCGAUAUGGCUUCACGGCCCGCAGACCAAGCCGAAUACAAGAAAGUACCGAUGGCACCGAACGCCGCCCCGCUGGUGUG